GUGUGGAUAGGCGAAAGUGCUGAAGCUAUAGAGUUGUAGAAAGAAGAAGUCUGGGAUCGAGAAAAUGAUGGUUGACGUGGUGACUAGCAAUAGCCAGCAGCAAAUUCUAAUGGGCGGCGGAGAUACGACGAGCAGUGGGGGCGAGGAAAAUUGUACAAACCCUUGUUCUGAUGUGAAAACCCCUAAGAAACGUGCAGAGACAUGGGUACAAGAAGAAACUCGAGUACUUAUUGGUCUUCGUAGAGAAAUUGACUCUCUUUUCAAUACUUCAAAGUCUAAUAAGCAUUUGUGGGACCAAAUUUCUAUGAAGAUGAGAGAAAAAGGCUUUGAUAGGUCACCUACUAUGUGUACUGAUAAAUGGAGAAAUUUGUUGAAGGAAUUCAAGAAAGCUAAACAAAAUCAAGAUAGAAAUGGCUCUGCUAAGAUGUCCUAUUAUAAGGAAAUUGACGAGAUUUUAAGAGACAGGACUAAUACUGGUUAUAAGAGCCCUCCUCCUCCCCCUCCCAAGGUUGAUUCUUUUAUGCACUUCGCUCAAAAAGGUCUUGAUGAUACAAGCAUCACAUUUGGACCCGUUGAAGAGAAUGGGAGACCAACACUUAAUUUAGAACGACGUCUGGAUCAUGAUGGCCAUCCUCUUGCCAUAACAGCGGCAGAUGCAGUCACCGCUAGUGGAGUUUCCCCUUGGAAUUGGAGAGAGCCACCUGGAACCGGUGAGCCGAGUCAGUCAUAUGAGGGACGAGUUAUCUCAGUCAAGUGGGGAGAUUACAUCAAAAAAAUCGGUAUUGACGGCACUGCAUGUGCGAUCAAGGAAGCUAUUAAAUCUGCUUUUCGGUUAAGGACUAAGCGUGCAUUUUGGUUGGAGGAUGAAGAUAAUAUUGUCAGAACACUUGACAGGGAUAUGCCACUGGGAAACUACACCUUGCAUGUCGAUGAAGGCCUGACGAUAAAGAUCUGCAUGUAUGAUGAGGCAGAUCACUUGCCUGUUCAUACAGAGGAUAAAACCUUUUACUCUGAGGAUGAUUUCCGUAACUUCUUAUCACGCAGAGGUUGGUCAUGUUUAAGAGAGUAUAAUGGGUAUCGAAAUGUUGAUAGUAUGGAUGAGCUUUGCCCUGGUGCCGUCUAUCGUGGUGUCAACUAAGGAGGAUCAGUAUGGCCUUGUCCAUCAUUGUGAUAUUUUGCUCAAAGCUCAUUUAGAUAGUCUAAGUUGUAUAGAUGGUUCCAGCUAUACCUAAUAGUAGCAAAUGGGAGCUAGAUGAAGUAGGGAAGGACAUCGAUGUACAAAUUAGUUGAAUCUUAGCUUUUGAUUGCAUGUAAAUCUUUUCAUAAUUGAUGUACUUCCAAAUCCUGAAACCAUUUCUCUGCUGUGGUUAUGUAGUUAAAGAUUUUCUAGUAAUAUGUGAACAGA